AAAUGAUCUAUGAAGGCCAGCAAUACGGUUUUGCCACACGUGUGGUCGACUGACGAAGAAGAAGACGAAGAAGAAAUAGUGCUGUGACGUAGGACGCAAAUACGUGCAGCGUAACGAUCGUUUGCGUUUGGGAGCGCCAUUGGAAGUUUGAAGAGGCCAUUUAAGUUGUCACUAUUGACGGCCUGCUUCUGGUCAAUCUGGCCCAUCAUGUAUCGUCCUAAACCAACUCUGAAGGACCGACAGCACCUCUACAAGCUCAUCAUAAGCCAGCUGCUGUAUGAUGGAUACACCAACAUCGCCAACAGUCUCAUUAAUGAGGUCAAGCCAGAGAGCGUAGUGUCGCCCUCUGAGCAGCUCAUGCAGCUGGCAAAGAUCGGGAUGGAGAAUGAUGACAGUGCAGUUCAGUAUGCCAUUGGGCGCUCGGAUACAGUGGCACCUGGUGUGGGUAUUGAUCUGGAAUUUGAUGCCGAUGUCCAGACCAUGUCUCCAGAGGCAUCAGAGUAUGAGACCUGCUAUGUAACAUCCCAUAAGGGUCCAUGUCGUGUUGCUUCAUAUAGUCGGGAUGGACAACUGAUUGCCACUGGCUCUGCGGAUGCUUCAAUCAAGAUCCUGGAUACUGAACGUAUGCUGGCCAAAAGUGCCAUGCCUAUUGAGGUAAUGAUGAAUGAGACAGCACAGCAAAACAUGGAGAAUCACCCUGUGAUUCGAACGCUGUACGACCAUGUGGAUGAAGUCACCUGUCUCGCCUUUCAUCCGACAGAACAGAUUUUAGCUUCUGGCUCAAGAGAUUACACGCUCAAACUUUUUGACUACUCAAAGCCCUCCGCAAAAAGGGCAUUUAAAUAUAUACAGGAAGCAGAAAUGCUGCGUUCAAUCUCCUUCCACCCUUCAGGUGACUUCCUACUUGUGGGAACACAGCACCCCACCCUCCGUCUCUAUGACGUCAACACCUUCCAGUGCUUUGUGUCCUGCAACCCUCUGGACCAACACACAGACACCAUCAGUGGCGUCAGCUACAACCCCACCGCCAACAGCUACGUCACCUGUAGCAAGGACGGCAGCAUCAAGCUGUGGGAUGGCGUCUCCAACCGCUGUGUGACCACCUUCGAUAAAGCGCAUGACGGGGCCGAAGUCUGCUCUGCCAUCUUCUCCAAGAACUCAAAAUACAUCCUAUCAAGUGGCAAAGACUCUGUGGUCAAACUGUGGGAGAUCUCUACAGGCCGGACGCUUGUCAAGUACACUGGUGCGGGGUUGAGCGGCCGUCAGAUGCAUCGUACGCAGGGCGUGUUCAACCACACAGAGGACUACGUGCUGCUGCCAGAUGAGCGUACCAUCAGCCUGUGCUGCUGGGACUCGCGCACAGCCGAGAGGAAAAACCUGCUGUCUCUGGGACACAACAACAUCGUGCGCUGCAUCGUCCACUCGCCCACCAAUCCCGGCUUCAUGACCUGCAGCGACGACUUCAGGGCCCGCUUCUGGUACCGGCGUACCACCACAGACUGAGGCGCAUCCAUCUCGUAUCACUGAGAGCCAAACGGGAUGCUGGACUCUGUUGUCUCCAUGACCUUGGUGAACUCACCAGCUUUCCUCUCAUGUGCUGUGUCUUUCACUGGUAUUUCGUUUGAAUCGUGCAGUGGAAUUUGUCGGACAGUGUUUGAGGAAGUUGUAAUUUUACCACCUGAUGAGCAAAGAGUGAGGGCACUACUUCUUUAGAUGUCUUCUCUUUUUCAUAACAACAUUCUGUGAACUUGUGGACUUAACUUUUGUCUUAUUGAAUCAAAAGUCUGACCUUUAAAACUUCUUUCAGUACUUGGAAACUUUAGUUUUAGUAUCUCCUCACGUUUUUCAGCUGUAGGCUUUCAGUGACAGAAGAGGUGGCUUCUUUUCCACUUUCCACUUUUGUAUUUUGUCAAAGUUCUUUGCUGUAAUUCAAAUUUUUAUUAAACAAUUAAUAGAAACAA